CUUUUUUAUUUAUUAAAAAAAAAAGGCCUAUAAUUCUUUUUUUUUGAAUGCUGUAAUGUCAAAAAUAGUGACUGAUGUUAUUGAAAGAACAGACGAUUACGUUUGUUUUAUAGAAGAAUUAAAAGCAUUUCACAUUCGCAAAGGUACGACUUUACUGUCUGAACCUGUUUUAGGUGGGAAAAAAAUCGAUCUUCACAAACUCUAUGGAGAAGUCGUUGCUGCAGGCGGUUUCGACCAGGUCACCAAAAAACGAAGUUGGAAGCAAAUUGGAGCUGUUUUCGAAUUCCCUGCAACUUGCACCAACUCAGCCUAUAUAUUAAAAGGACUCUACAUUCGUAAUUUGUUGGGUUGGGAAGAGGAACAGAUUUGGUGCAAAGAAUGGGUCCCCCCUGAAGAAUUAAAGGGUCCUGAAGCUCAUAAAGCUUCUACACUAGCUGGAAAGACUUACAAGAAAUGUAAACACCGAAAUCAUCAGCAUCAUCCACAAUACCAAAGCAUCACCUCAGCGAUUCAUGAAACACCUAUAUUGCCAAACCAAUCACCAUUUAAUCUAAUUACAACGGACGAAGUGCAUCAAUGUGAGAUUUCUGAGCUUCAUCAUCGUACACAACCCUUUGAACAUGUCCAUUCGAUCGAAUCCGAUGCUAGCCGAGAUUGUGUAACAGGCAAUGAAUUUGAUGAGAGUACAAAGAGGAGAAUGAUACCUGCACUUCAAUCACCGAAUGCAUCUGAUGUUGAAUGGGCUUUAAAUAACAUUGUCACGAUAUCCUAUGAAUGUCCUCAAAAGUUAUUAUUAAACGAGAAUCCAGUACUUCUAGAAGCCUUAUUGACCAAGGCAGAUACUUGUUUACAAAACACCUUAUUCAACACAGACACACCUGACAAAAAGAAUGCACAUACGAUUAUUCUCAAGAUUCUGCAUACCUUUCGUAAUUUCUCGUUUAUCGAAUCCAAUACACGUGUCUUUGCAGCCAGUGCUGGAUUUAAACAGAUGUUGAUCAAAUGUUUAGUCAUGACAAAUUCAUCCCACUACAGCCAUUGUAUCGAUAUUCUAGAGAAUAUGACCCCAUUUGUAGAAUUAGGUCCCUUUGAUUCCAUCAUCGGCUGUCUCAAUAGUCUCUUGACAAAUGCAACUGAACGAUCCGUCAUAUUGGGCUCCGUGCGUGUCUUAACCAUGCUCUCUUCCUCUUCCGCUUCAAACCUGCAUUAUCUAUUACCCACUUCCACCGCCGUAGCCAACCGAAUCACUCAAUUCCUCAUUGCCAACGAUGAAGAGUUAAUUGGUGUCAGUUUGGAAUAUCUUUACCAAUACAGUCGACAAUCCGUUUCCUUUGGCCAACAUUUACUUUCUUUACACGGCGGUGCGGAUAUUGCUGUCAUGGUUUCCUUAUUAAUGGCUCCUUGUAAAUAUUUUAGACCCACGUUGGUGCAUACUUCUCUACACGAUUCACCUCCUCAAAGGUCCAACUCCGGUGAUUCCAUCUUCUUUCCUCAUCAACAGCAACAUCAACAACAGCAUCCGCAUAAUCAUGGAAGUGUUCCGUGUGUGCCGAAUCUCUCUUCCUAUCAGCAAUUGGAUGAACCAUAUCGUUGUCUUGGAUGGUUGAAGGAUAAAUUCGAGCUAUCAAAUGCAUGUAGUGAAUUAUCGUUGGAUGACAUGUAUUUACUCUAUGAAAUGAGGUUUGGACAUGAAAAGGCUUUAAGGAUGAAGGAGUUUUACACCGUGCUUCGAAUCGCCUUUCCCAUUGCUAAUAACGGAUCCUUUGUCGACGCAGUAGGAUCCCCUGUGCAGCAGCAACAACAGCAAAAGGGGGCCAUAUUGGAAGGCACCACCAUCCAUGGAUUGCAGGUUAAAAUGUGUAUUCUCCAAGACGGCUCUGAAUUGAUGUGUCAGUGGACCAACUGCUCAGAAAGCUUCAAUGAUGAACAAUUACUCCAAACACAUGUAUUACAUGACCAUAUACCAACGCAUGAAGUGGACAGUAAUUGCAUGUGGAUGGAUUGUGAUGAGGAUAAUGCGUUUCGGGAUCCGGGCGAGUUGACAGUGCAUGUGAGGGAUUCGCAUUUACCUGGAUAUAUUGAUACAAGCGAGGUGCAAGGUGUGGCGUUAGUGGCAGCACAGUUAUUGAAGACCUUGUCAAGGAACCCUAAUAGUCAUGUGUGUUUCAUGCCAUAUGAACAAGAGCUGGUCAUGAUGACAAGCAAAAGGCCAGCAUUGACACCCUAUAUUCAAACCAUGUUUUCUAAUUUCAGGAUAGCUUCUUCUUCAUCCAGUUCUUCAUCUUCUUCCUCCAUCAACCCCAAUCUGUAAAUGAAUUUAUUAUUUAUUAAAACAUUGCUUUAAAAAAGUGGUGUAUAAAAAAAACAGAUUUAUAUAUAUAUGUGUAUAUAUAAUAUAUAUCCAUUUGUACCACAAAUAAACAAUUUCGAUUAACUUGUA